AUGAGAUCCAACCAUUCAUUAUCGCUGGAAGGGAAGAAUGAGCUUGGGCCCUGUAAAAUUUUGAGGUCAGACAUAAUCUCAUCAAUCGAGGUCCAAUUCUGGAAAAGCAUAGAUUCCAGUGUGAGACCACCUCCAGAAAGAGCACUGAUGUACAGAGCCGAGUCAAGUAAUCCUCCGAGGUUGGAUCCUGAAGAACGAGAAUCCAACGCGGACAGUUCGCCAAGUCCCACCAUCAAAGCACGAAUACCUCCUCCAGAAAGAGCAAUAUGGAUAUCAAUUGGAUCUUCGAGCAGGCUGCUGCUCCAGGGGAAGUUUUCGAAAUCUUCCAGGUUCAACGCCUCAAGGAAAGUGACCAGAUUCUGGUUGGCUUUCUUAUACCGAGGCCCGGUGUAG